AUGUCUUCACCACCCGCCCCGGAACCGCUCUACCCGAGGAAACCAGAGCCCAUCGGCUGGUUCUUCGAAGACAUACGCUUCCGCGAAGACCCCAUCCCCGAAACAUGGUGGUUCAUCCCCUGGAUCAACACCGAGUACUGCGAGAUCGACGAGCCAUCCUCCUACCCCAAACAGCCCGCGAGUCUACUCUACUACGAGACAACGGGUGUAGGGCACUACCGCGGUUCAGGCAUCGUCGUUGAAGAAAUCGACGGCACAGUAAUCGGAUGCUACAAGAUCCGCGCCGACACUGAAGCCGGAGACGAGGCUAGAAAAGAAGUCGAAGAGCUCAAAGCAAAAGUGCGCAAGGCGGAGGCGGAGAACAUCCCCAUCGAGCGCAUCGAUAAGCAUAAGGGUAGGGCGAAGAAGAAGGGAGGUCGUACUGCUGGAUUGGCGGAUAAACGUUACGAAAAGUCGCUGCGGAUGGGGGACAAGAAUUACGACGGGAAGCCUUUGAAUAUCCCGAAUCAGAUCCGUCGCUUGAAUGGUUUGAUUAUAGACCCGCGUCCCAGUAAGAUUGCCCUGCACAGGGAGGAAGCUUUUUUUCUUCAUGAAGCUAUGGGAGGUUGUUCCUUCAAGGAUUAUGGUGCUCAGUAUCCGCAGUUGGAGUAUCAGAUUCGCAACGCUAUGAAGGAUACUUUUGAUGUUCUGGAUCUGCCGAUCUAUCGCCAGAAGCAGAUUAAAGCUGCGGAGAAAGCUGGACGUCCUGAGAAGGGGUUCACGGAUGAACAAUCAUCCAGUGAGUCGGAGGAAGAGGAAGUCGAGGUGAAGGAAGAGGAAGAGGAAGAGGAAGAAGUUGAUCUGAAGGAUACAAUAGAGGUGGAUGAGACCCUUGAUGACAUACUUUUUGAGCUGGAAGAAGAUGAAGGGAUCUUUGAGAGUGGCGACGAAGUCGAAGAGGACUAA